GAAGAGCUGAUAUGGAUACUUCCUGCUAUAACUAUGAAUUCCCUCUAUGCUGCGGGUGGUUUGAUGGGCUGUGCGAUUGCUGGCUGGCUGGCUGAUAAAGUUGGGCGAAAGGUUUCCAUCCAACUUAUCACCACGGCUUGUAUCUUAGCAGCUGCUUUCACCACGGGCUCACAGAACGUUGCUAUGCUUCUUUCAGGGAGAGCUCUUCAAGGAAUCGCUGCUGGUAUGAUCAAUGUUGUGUGUCCGAUGUAUCACGCCGAAGUUUCACCAGUCAGUGUGAGAGGACGUAUGGUAGGGACUCAUGCUACCUUUUUAGUCAUCGGUUAUGCCAUGGCAAGUUGGGUCGGUCUAGGCUGUUAUUUCGAAUCGACUCCCGCUAUUCAAUGGAGAUUGUGCCUUGCGCUUCAGAUGGUCGCUCCGCUUCUAUUACUAUUGUGUUCUUCGUGGGUUCCAGAAUCGCCAAGAUGGCUGAUAUACAACGGCCGUGAGGAACAGAGCAGAGAGAUUCUUAGAAAAUUACACUACCAUAUUGACGACCCCAAUGGAAUCCUCCCCGAAAGAGAGUUUAUGGACAUUAGUCGCCAAGUUGCUGCUGAUCGAGAAAAUGAGCGUAGCUUCUUCGCUCUCUUUAAAGAACCCUCCACGCGCAUUCGCAUGAUAUAUGGCUUCUUCAUCAUCUUUGCAGCCCAAAGUAGCGGUGUUUUGGUUAUCAAUAAUUACCAAUUCACCUUGUACGAAGGUCUCGGUAUCACAGGGUGGAAGGCACUUUUAUUAUUCGGAGUUUAUACAAGCUGGGCUGCAACGAUGAAUUGGGUUAAUGCCUUACUCCUUGAUCGAUUUGGACGAAUAAAAGUUAUGACUUUUGGAAUGCUUGGCGCUGUCGUUGCUAUUUCUUGCGACACUGCCAUGGUCGCACGCUUUGCGGCUUGCUAUGUUUACGCAUCGGAAAUAUUUCCCACUUGGAUGCGCGCCCAAGUUAUUGCCUUCUCAGUGUGCGAGCUCUUUUGCGGAACGCUUAUCUAUACCGGUUCCGCCCCAGAUGCGUUUGCUGCAGUGGGAUGGAAAUACUAUCUUGUCUUCGUCUUCGUUCCGCUUGCUUGUGUCGCAUUCAUCUGGUUCGUUCUUCCUGAAACCAGUGGGCUUAGUUUGGAGGAAAUUGGGGUACUAUUCGGAGAUCACGUGGUGGUGACCGAUAUCUUGGAUGGCGAACUAGUAGAGGUUGAUGUCGGUUUCGUGUCUACUGAUUUUAAGAACUUGGAGAAGUCAUCUUGAGAUAAUUUAUGAAUUAUCAAUAGAUAAUAUUCUAGACA